CCGGAGUAUGCUGGGAUCAUAGAGUUCAACAGAGAGUGAGCAUUGGAUCGUCGGUCUGUACGUCAGCUAUGCGACUCCUCCCUGUCCUCUGUAACAUUGUUGCCAGGCAUAAGAAGCCUUUGAAGUUUAAAGACAAAGCAUUCGCGCACCUGCUAUAUAGAUUCAAUUCUUCUUUUGUUUCAAGAAUGGGCAAUUUUUUCUCAAGCUCAUCCAAUGUGCCACAAUCUGAGGCCGUACAGAUGAUUAAGGAGACUAUCUCCGAAAACUGCGUGGUGAUCUUCUCAAAGACUACAUGUCCUUACUGCACAAUGGCGAAAGAGGCCUUCAAUGAUAUAAAUGUGAACUAUAAAGCAGUAGAGUUGGACCAAGUGGACAAUGGAGCCCAACUUCAAACAAUCCUUCAUAAAAUGACUGGAGCAAGAACUGUCCCACGAGUUUUUGUUAAUGGAAGAUGCAUCGGAGGGGGGUCUGAAACACGGAAACUAAAUGAAGAGGGGAAGUUACUUGAGCUUGUCCAGCAGUGUGGUAUCAGUGCUGCGCAAGGAUAAAUACUGGGCUAUUUCACACACUACCUCAACAUUAUUUGGGAAUAUUGCAUUUUUAAAACAACACGUAUUUUAUGCUUCUUUGUUUUUAAUGAAUGUAUGUAAUUUUGUGACAUGUAUCUUAAUUUC